UUUUUUUUUUUUUCUCUCUCGAGAACCUCACCAGAACCAGACAUCGUCGACGCUUUGACUUCUCGCUCGCAAUCUCUUCUACAAGUGAACCUCUCAUAAUUUAGGGUUUCGAGAUUGUUCUCUCGCAAGCACCUGGUAAAAUGUUCCGAACCAUCCCUUCGUAAUUCUUCCUAUUUUCGUCCGGGUGAAGUGCUUUGAGAAGUAAUCUUAAUCUCAUGUUUGGCUUUUUGAAGCUCCAAGCAUCUUGAUUUUGGUACCUAUUUGGUUAGCAACAAUUCUGGCUGAUCAAGUCUCUUAAGUCAUCAAAGCCAUAAAGAAACUAGUAUAGGACGAAUGGCGGACAAUACCUCAUCAGAAGCUUCUCCUUCUCAGCCACCGCUCUUUCUGGAGGUUUUUUGUGAAGUUUCUGGUAAGGAAUACAGAUUCACGAACGGGACAAAGGCGAAAUUUGCUGUCUCUGUGAUCAAUAGGAAACUUGGUUCGUUAAAACCUCGAGUAGUUUUCAUCGAAGCAGCAAGGGAAGGUGAAGAGCCCAUCAGUUUUGGAGAUGAUGCUUCUCUUGUCAGUUACGGAGAUGGUUGGAAGUUGAAGACAGUGGUUGAUUCUGAUUUUCCUGGAACUGAGAGAUACAAUCUACCACAGCACUUUCCUUCUGUAAUAUCAAUGGGUUCCAAAGAUCCAAAGUAUUCAAAACCAGAAAUUGGAGAACAAAGUCUCAAGUACAUUGGAAGAAUAUUUUUUGCAUUUGUUUUAAUGUUUAUUCUUGGUGGUCUCUUCACAGUGGCUCUUGAGAACCUUCCUAGACUAAUAUUGCUCUUUAAAAGCUCGCCCAUGUAAAGAAUUGACACUGCCCAAACACAAAAGACAUGGGGAUGUAACUCCUAAAUCUGUUUUUAUUUUUUUCUAUCUAUACUACUAGUUUAUAUUUUUGUUUUCACAAAGGGAUAAUUUUAUUAAAACCCAAGAAGAAGCAUUUGUACUACUAGUUUAUAUAUAAACGUAUUUUGAUGUUACAAAUAUAUUAUUGA